GAAGCCAUCGCGGCACGGCAGGCCGGCUCGGCGCUCCUGGGCACUCAGUGUCCGCGGAGAGAAGUACAGGAGCGGAGAGGAGAAGACGCUCAACAGGUCCCGCCGCGCCGAUCCUCCGGCCGCGUAACUUUCCGCGGAGCCGAUUGUUCCAGACGCUGGGUGAGCUGUAUGGACCGACAUGAAGAGCCUUAAAGCAAAGUUCAGGAAGAGCGACACUCACGAAUGGAGCAAAAAUGACGACCGGCUCCUAGUGGCUGUGGAGCAGGGGGAGGCCGAGAAGGUCACCUCGCUGCUGGCCAAGAAGGGGGCCAGCGCCGCCAAGCUGGGUGGAGAUGGCAAGUCGGCUCUGCAUGUGGCUGCUGCCAAGGGGCAGGCUGAGUGCCUGGCAGCCAUCUUGGUCCAUGGCGUUGACACCUCAGUGACUGAUGCCUCAGGUUUCAGUGCUUUACAGCUUGCUGCCAAACACAGCCAUCCGGAGUGUGUCAGAAAGCUGCUUCAGAGUAAGUGCGCAGUGGAUGUGGUGGAUGGUUCCGGAAGAACGGCCCUCCAUCACGCAGCCAUCAGCGGGAGCGCCCCCAUCAUUCAGCUGCUGUGUGACUGCCGCUGUCCCAUCAAUGUCCUGGACGCGGAGGGCCGCACGGCCCUGCACCUCUCUGCCUGCCAUGCCCACGCUGAGGCCUGUCACAGCCUCCUGGAGGCGGGGGCCGACGUCAACGCGCGCGACAGGAGCGGCUGCACGGCAGUCAUGUUGGCCAGUGAGAGCAGCAGCUUGGCUACUGUGGAGGUCCUGGUGCAGCAUGGUGCAGACCUGAAGCUGGUGGACUCCCUGGGUCACAGUGUCCUUCAUUACGCCAGCAGUCUGGACCUCCAGACCCUCCUCACCAGUGCCCUCCAAGCGGACAAGUCAGACACGGAUUCCCAGCCUGGCAGAGCUGUCCAGCAUGAUCAGGUGACUCGGGUAAGUGAGGACAGAAGCUCCACCCCCAAAAAACGGAAGGCACCACCUCCUCCGCUUAUGAGCCCCGUUCAGUCUGCUGAUGUAGCUUCUCCACCCUACUUGACCCCCACCCAAACGCCACCAUCUGGCAAGAGCGACACCUCCCAAAGAUUCAGCUACAAGGCAGUCGAGCUUAUUAACGCUGAUCUGAAGGAGGAGGUGGAGAGACUCAGGGAGGAGAAGCUUGUGCUGCUGGAGACGAUCGAAGACCUGAGGCAGAUGGCGGUGCAGACCCAUGUCCGUGUCGGGUCAGAGGAGCAGGCCCAGCUGACGACUCUUCAGGCUCAGGUGGCAGCCCUAUCUCUGGAGAACCAGCAACUGGCAAACACGCUAAAGGCUGAAAAGACUAUGGAGGACUCUCGCCCCAACAGCAUAGACUCCAACGCCUCCUACCACUCUACCCGUACAGACCUUGAGCAGACAGCAGCCGUAGAGGCAGAGGAUGUGUCAGAGGGCUCUCUACUGGAGGCCAACCCCAAGAGAGACGGGGCUAUUAAGGGCACAGCUGAGAAGGAGGUGCAGUGUCUGAGAGAGGAGGUGCAGAGACUCCAGGCUGAGCUAAGGGAGUCCAUGCAAGAGAACUGUGUGCUGAAAUCCUGCCUCCCUCCCUCCUCGGAAAACACUGGAGUGGGAGUGGGGUCGCAGGGGGAUACAUUGGAGUCCAAGGAGUUUCUGGAGGAGGAGGUGCAUGAGCUGAAGAUGGAGCUGGCUCGCGUGCGGACAGAGCAGGAAAGGGACAGAGCCCUGGAGCAGGAGAAGCUGAGGCGUUCUUACAACCAGCUGAUGGAGGCCAGCAGCCAGGAGAAGGCCUUACUAAUGGAGUCUAACAGGGAGGCCCAGGAGGAGAUCACCAUCCUGCAGGAGGCGCUGAAGGGCACUGUCUCUGUGGAGGCAGCUGCCAAGGACUUUGAGGAGAUGAAGGCAGAGCUGAGCCAGGUGAUUGACGGGCUGCAGCACCGCCUGGUGGAGCUCUCGCACUCCUACAGCGAGGCCCACGGGAAGCUGGAGGCCCAGCAGGCCGAGGAGUUGCGGCUACAGCAGCUGGAAAGCCAGCUGGAGGAGACGAGGGCUGCAGGAGCCCAGGUGGAAGUCCGUUACCAGAAGGCGCUGGAGCAGCUGGGCCUGCUGAAACGUGAGGUGGAGGUGCAGGCACGCAGCACAGUGCCCCUGGCCGACCACACGCAGGUGGUGUCCUCCCUGGGCAGCGCCAUCAAGGGGCUAGAGGAGCAGGUGGCGGGCCUGCGGGACCAGCUCACUCGGAAGACCGAGCAGGUUGGGGUCCUGCAGGAGCAGCUGGUGGCAGAGAAGCAGGCGACAGCAGGGGACUCCGCCGGGAGGCAGGCGCUGGAGGCAGAGGUGGCCCGGCUGACGCAGCUGCUGCACGAGGCCCUGCGCAAGCAGGACGAGAUGGCACUGGAGGUGGCGGAGGCCUGGCAGCACCUGAAGGAGGAGCAGCAGGCGAGGCAGAGUCUGGCCAGCAGCGGGGAGCAGCAGAAGGUACAACUGUGCAGCCAGUAUGCAGAGGCCCAGGAAGCCCUCGCCGAGCAGAGGAAGCGCAUGGAGGCACUUCUGAGCUCUGAGCGCGAGAAGAACAGAAAGAUUGAGGAGCUGACCCGGGAGGUGAGCAAGCUGAAGGAGGCCCUCAACAGCCUGUCACAGCUGUCCUAUGCCAGUGGUGCCCCCAAGAGGCAGAACCAGCAGGUGGAUUCGCUGCAGCAGCAGAUCCGGCAGCUGCAGCUACAGCUUGCGGAGUGUAAGAAGCAGCACCAUGAGGUCAUCUCUGUCUACAGGAUGCAUCUUUUGUACGCCGUACAGGGCCAGAUGGAUGAAGAUGUCCAGAAGGCCCUGAAGCAGAUACUGAUGAUGUGCAAGAUGCCCACAGAGACUAAGUGAGUCCCUGGAGGGCGGAGCUGGCACAGUGGAUCCUUCAGACUGAUGGUCCAGUAGAAGGACUGUACCACCUGUCCGCCAAUAUCUGCACUCAAAGUGUAUCCCAGCAGAACCACAGCUCAGCCACAUACAGGCUACAGAACCCGAGGUCUACCCAGACCUUAGGGCAGGAACCAGUGCAGACAUAUGAUUGGCUCAGCCCGGAGUCCCUAUAUACGGGUGGUAAUGGGUCUACAUUGAUUCCAGGCAAUGGUGACUCUUCAUGCUUAUGAUGAGUGUGUCAGUAAACCAGUUAUCAGCUCCCACAUUCCCAGUAACUGAGCAGGGUCGGGAAGUGUGCUGUGUUGCGGUUAUCAGUGUUAAUUGGGUACUUGUGACAUCAUCUUGGAAUCCUUGAAUUUUCACAAAUAAUUUAUUUUUUGACGGUUUAACAGUGCAGCUAAUGUUGGUGAUAUAACUGCAUGUUUUCUUAUUUCACUUACUGUUCUAUUAGAGUUUACAUUUAUGGUAUAUUUUUCCAGUAUGCAUGUGUUAAAGCUGCAGAAACCUUUUAUAAAAAGCAAACGGCAUAGCUGUAUUUUUUUAAAAAUCCAUUUAGACUUUGCAGCAUUUGUAUACGUAGGUAAAGCGACCCGUCUGCCUGCUUGCUACCAGCAGGGGGCGCCAGUUUCCAUCUUUAUUUACAUUCUCUGAUCAGUAGUUCCUGAAUGAUGACGCUCUGAGGGUGGGUCCCCAUGAUGUGGCCUGGUAAAUACCUCCGUCUCCCUCUCAGCAUCUGGGAUUUUGUGUGUUUGUGUUUUUUGAAUAUCGGGAACAGGAAACGAUAUCAGACGGAGCAGCUCUGUCCAGAUCAAACUCCCGCUAUCUUCCUACCUGAACCCAAAUCCUAGCCCUCAAUAGGCUAUCAUCUCUCUGGGUAAGAGUUAAGAUUAGGCUUACUGGAACCUAAUCCUGAACCCUCACUCGACGGUUAUCUCCUUGGGUGUGGGCCGGAUUCUUAAACCUUGUCAAUCCCGGUCUUCCGGGGCUGUUGGCACUUUGCUCCCCGUGCAAGGCUGCAGGAUGGCCCAUCUCCUCAACAUUUUCCCUGUAUCCCAGGCUGGAACUUAAAAGGUAUGACAAGGGCCACCUUCGCCGUGCAGACACCCGAGUCUCGGGUCCUCACACAGUGGGCCUGGCCCCGGGGCCCCUCCCCGGGGUGGGGGGCUUCUAUCUUCCCGAGGAUCACCCUCACAGUUCCCUCCACCAUCUGCAGGAGGUGUUUCGCACUUGUUACCCCAAACGAAAGCACGUGUUACUCCAGGCGUUAAAUCAAAGCAGUUCCCUCAACAUAUGGAAAUGAAUGAGAUGUGUCUCAGUUUAUGGGAAUGACUGAGGUUUCCCCCCCUGUAUUAAAAUGAAUAAUCAUCCCUCUCUGGUAUCAGGGUCCCCGUCUGGUAGCCGACCCCCGUGUCGCUGAGGUGCCAGAGCAUUCGGCUCCAUGGUGCUGGACGAGCCCUGUGUGUUUUCUCAGGGCAGGGAAGCUAUGGGCUGCAUGAUUUCUACUUUGUUCUCUUUUAUAAUGACUUUGUAAUAGAGGAGGAAUUUGUUACCCUGCUUUUCUAAUCGCCCUUUUCAACAAUAAAAGUCUCCAACCCAA